UACUAGAUGACUGAGAUUGUGCUUGUGUGAUUCACUGUAAACUCUCAUGGUUUAUUUUCCUAACAAUACCCACCUUCCUUGAAGUUCAAAGUUCAGUUGCAGUUGCACUGGAUAACUAAAAUUACAGAAUUCCAGUGUUCGCUUACAAUAUAAAUUACCUGUUGGAGAAUGGAACAGAACAUGAUGAUCCCUGAACAAAUAACUUCAUCUGCACAGACAACACAAUACUUAUCAUCAGUACAGUCGUUGCAAUCACCACCUAACACAACAAUGCAUACAAAUGAAUUAUCUACAGAAAAGACAACAGAAUUGUUAAAAUUACUACAGACAGCUUCCUAUGCUCAAAAUAUACUUCAAUUAAACUGGAUUAACUCCCUUAGUUCAAAUCUACUGCAAGACUAUGUUGAAAGUAAAGAUAGAAAUAAUAAUGAAUGCGUUCCAGUGAAUGAUAAUCUUAAUCAAGAUAAUUCUGUCAAGAUUAACCAAGGAAUAUUGAAUGAUGAUGUGAUCAUCAAACUGAUCAGUCGAUUACAACAAUAUCAGCAAAUAAAUACAAUAAAUUCUGAAUCGGCUAAUAAUCUUCUUAAAAUUACAACUGCUUUUGAUACAACCGAAUCUGUCAUUCCAAAUGAUACCAUUAAUAAUAAUAAUAAUAUUAAUAAUAUGACAACAUGGAGUCCUAAUAAACCUUAUCAGUUGUGCAGUGAAGAAAGACAAUAUCAAGAAUAUCAAGACAACAACAGCAAGUUAUUAUUACCUGAGGUGACAUCAAGUUUUGGUACACUGAACAACUCUCAUUUAUCGAGUGUAUCAUCAUCGAAAAUAACGACGAAUGCCAACCUAACAUCUUAUGCUGAAACUUACAAUUUAAUAAAUAUGAACAGUUUGCCAAAUAUUGAUUCUAGUACAAAUAGAAUGCUUAAAAGUGAUGAACAGCAUCUUUCUGAAUCCAGCAGAAAACUAGAAAGCACAUUUAAAUGUGAAAAUGAAAAACAUUUUCCAGUAGUACAGCAAGAUACACCUCAACAACAACAACAACAACAGCAACAAAGUUCUAAGCCACAUGAUGUUACUAACAAAAAGACAUUACAAUGGGCUAAACUUGGUGUACCCCAACCAGCCAUCCUUACUAAAUACUCAGCUCCUGUACACAUUGAUGUUGGCGGUACAUUAUAUACAUCUUCACUGAAAGCAUUAACAAAGUAUCCAAAAUCACUGUUGGGAAAAAUGUUCAAUGGAACAAUUCCUAUUGUUUUAGAUACAAUGAAACAGCACUAUUUUAUCGAUCGUGAUGGAACUCUUUUCAGACAUGUGCUUAACUUCUUACGAACUGAUAAAGUGAACUUAGAUCCCCAUUUUACAGAAAUGGAUCAGUUAAUUGAAGAAGCAAACUUCUAUGGCUUAUAUGAGAUGACUUGUCAGUUGAAACAAAUUAAAGGUAGGCUAAAAAGAAGAGAUGUCAGUCAGUUUGAACAAUUUAUAGAAGAAAAAAAAGACCAGAAGAUUCAUGCAGAUGAGAAAGAAUCACAAUGUACACCAAGAAAGCAAUUGAAAAUCGAUAGUCUAAAUCAAUCACACCUGAAUGAAUCAUACAGUUACAGAAGUGAAAUUGGUGAUACGGGAAUAUCGUACUCUCGAGAUUAUUCGACAGCCAAUUCGUCAUUUUAUCAAAAUGAUGACGAAAUUCAAGGUGAUGAUCCAUCAAAGAACAGGUUGAUGUACAAGAAAUACUCUUGCAUAAUGUUAGAAAUAAACAUAUCCCCACCUCAUCAAGGUAAAAUUAUACUCUCAAAGUGUAAUAAUCAAAAGUUGUUAAGAUGUUUUAAUGAAUUAAACGCGCAUUUUGCAAAUAUUCUGCCUAAUUGUUUUCAAAUUGUUGAAUGUGAAGACUAUUCUGAGCUAAGCUGGUUUAUGAUGUCAUCUUACCAACAGCUUAAAUUAUGGGAAUUAUUAUUGAACCAUGAAUGUGAAUUAGUUACUCAGUAUGAGUCAAAACAAACAGAUAAGAACUGCAUUAUUUAUUUAUUUCAAGUGAAGUUAUAA